GCACGUUCCAGUAUGGCCGCCGCAACGGCGCGGGAGCGCAGUGCCAGAACCAUGAGCAGCAGCUGUCUUCUCGCCAUCCUGCUCGUUCACUUAAUCGGUAGCGCAGGGGAGAGUGACGAACAGAAAACGUGUGAUCAGUACUUCAAGGCCGGCGUCGAAGCUUACCUGGAGGAGAGGUGGUACGACUGCGUCACGAAUCUGGAAAAGGCGUUGUCAGAGUACCGAAAUUACAGGCAGACAAUCGUAAACUGCCGGACGAGUUGCGACGAGAAGGCCCGUUCUUCUCCGCAUAUAUUCGAGACCGAUGUCGAAGAUUUGCACUUCUACGAGGAAAAAAUAAAGAAAACUCUGUGCCUUAUGAAAUGUAAGCCGAAUUAUUUCAGGGAUAGGUCGUAUUUGUCCAAGGAAAUUGAAGAAGAGUUUGAAAAUCUCAAACCGUACGAAUAUUUACAACUGUGUUAUUACCAGAGACUCAUGCUACAGGAAGCUGCUCAGGCUACAUUUACAUUUCUGACAAGAAACCCAGACAAUGAGGUUAUGAAGGGCAACCUCAAAUUCUAUUCCACGCUUCCUGAGGUGGAAAUGUCAGAAAUAACAAAUCUCGAAGCAGCGGCUUUCGUCCCUCUGUACAUACAUGGACUGGACGCCUACAACAACGAGGACUACCCCAUGGUGACCCGCUACAUGGAAGAAUCUCUCGAGGAAUACCUGCGAGCGGACGCGGAUUGCAGAGCGUACUGCGAGGGCCCCUUCAACCACGGCUGGUUCCCCGACUUCACCUCCGCCAUCUCCAAUCAUUACACUUACUGCCUAAAAUGCAAGAGCAAGUGUACCGACAAAGUGAAUACUGUCAAUGGGGAAACGCAUGACGAUCUGCUGCAGAACCAUUAUCACUACCUGCAGUACGCAUAUUUCAAAGUUGGUGAUAUGAGGAAAGCAUGCGAGGCAGUUGCUACCUAUCUGCUCUUCAGUCCCGCAGACGAGACUAUGCUGCAAAAUAAGAAAUAUUACCUCAGUUUGCCGAAAGUGGAAAAAGAAUUUUUUAAACCGCGGGAGGAAGCAGUAAAAUACAUCCUGAGAAAAGAAUAUGAAGCUAAGCUGUUAAACUUCAUCGAAACUGACUUCACAUUCGACAAGAAAGAUGAAAUUGAAACAUCGGAGAAUGAAAUAGAGGAUGAAUCUUCCUGACUAUUACAGCUUACCAUUGUGAGAAGGAUAUGACCUGGACCACAAUGUAACCAGUGUACUAAAUGACUUUCAGAAGCGAGAAUGCUCACUACAUUCUGUAUUGCUAAGAACAUUUGUUGUUUGUCAGUCUAGUGCAAUGACACCUGAAGUCUCAUAUUGGUUUUGGGAUGAUGCCUGUAAUGCACUCCUAUUGUGACACUUUACAGAUUUAUAAUGACAUACCAACUUUGGAUAUUUUGUGGAGAAAUAGUUUUAUUUAACUUAUGCAGCUACUGCUAUAUGCAUCCACUGCCUUAGAUUAAACUCAAUAUCUCUAAGUCAAUAACAAUAACGACAACUACUAUCAUAUUAAUACUUUGAUCCAUUAAGACAUUAUUAAACUACAUGUUAAGUUUAGGACUGAAAUAUCUACCUUUAUUUGCAGUGUGCAAUAUGUUUGUAAUAUUUUAAGAAUCAGUCACAGCUAUUUCUUAACAAUUGUGCAGCUUUUAUACAUAAUUCAUGGCAACAAGCCUUCAAAGAAAGUUGUGAACAUAAGUGAACAGGAAAUGUAACUUAACUGUAGAAGAUUAAAUCUGUGUUCUGAAGUAGAACUUGAAAUAAUAUUUCAUUAUUUAAUUGAUAUAACUGAACACAGCUCUAAAGUAAUGUGUAUGGGAUAACAUAUACCUGGAUUAUAACCAUUGCCUACCAUUUAACUGUGCUAACUAAUCAAAUUAAAGUUAAUCUGUGAACUAAAGCUAUUGAUAUUUGAUUUAAUGGUACACAAAGCUUACAAAUUAAGAGCAAAACCGAUUCAAAUCCUUGAAUCCUGAGGUACUUCUGUGGCUGGAUAAUGUCAGUUGAAGUAACCUUCAAAUUAAGUGCCAGUGUGAAAUUACAGUGGACUUCUUGAAUACAAUUUAUUUUUGUUUUAAGGGUUGGAUUAAGACUUUUACCACAUGUUUUGAAUUAUCAAAUUAAAAUAAAAGAACUUUAAAUGGUUUCACUUAAAUACUGGUGUAUAGUUACAAAAUAGAAUAAAUGUAUUAGACUACAACAAUGGGUUUUCAAUUAUUAAUUUACAACUUAAUUUGUGUAACUUCUUCUGUUGUUCUAUUAUACUUACAUUUAUGUUAAUCUGUUUCUGUAUGCAAUAAAUGCACUUUGAUUGUAUUUAUUACUUAUUCAUUUGUAAUACAUUUUGUACAGAGAAGUUAUUCAUGUAGUAAACCAGAAAAAUGUGAUAUA